CAAAACUAACAUGAAAUAAUUGAAAAAAAAACGUCAAUGUUACUUUUACAACCAAAACCAUCAAAAUUUCAGGUUAUGUUAUGGGUAAGCUAAAGAUCAACGGGUUCGGUUGAUUUCUCAAGCCACAAAUUCAACUCAUCACGAUGGCGUUUUUCAACAUCUCAUCGAGAGAUGACAUUGAUUCGCUCACUGAGGAAGAGCGUGAAGAAAAUGAACGAAAUUUGGAUUCCAUCGAAAGCCUCGAUGAUGUCUAUAAGACCUAUAAACCGAUCUCGCCAAAAAUCACCUGGUUUGAAUCGUCCAGUUCGACGACGCUGAAAGGAGAUGCAUCUAAUGGAGAAAGUGUCGAAUGCAAUGAUCUCCAAGAAUCUCUUGCUAAAACAAAUCUAUCUGAAGUUGAAACUGCUGAUGAUGUGCAGCUUAAAACCAAAGCUAUUCCUCCACGUCCACCUCCGCGUCCUCCUCCUCGCCCUGAUCGUCCUUCGCACCCCAAGGCUACAAUUGAAAUGUUAAAAGAAAACCAUUUCACAGAUUCUUAUAAAGAGGAAGCCACUCAAAUGCGCAUUGCUUCCGGUGAGGUAGAAGAAACGCCGCAGAACGUUGAGGAGGAUCAACUUAAUAAUACUACGGAGGCGGAAUGUACUUGCAAAAUGCCUCCUAACGAAACGACAGAUGAUAAGCAGUUUAUGCAACCCGAAAAUGGUCAACAAGAGAUGACCGCCAGCGAUUACUAUGCCCAGCAAAUGGCUAUGCAGAUGUCGAAUCCAAUGGCGUGCUAUGGAGGUUGCGGUCAGCCGCAGUUUCAGCCAGGAAUUCCGGGUCUUUAUCUAUCGCCGGAGGAUUACUUCAACUAUGCGCAGUUGCAACAGCAUCUGCAGAACGUGCAUAGUUUCGGACAGUAUCAGGGAAUGCCGGGAAUGCAGGGAAUGGAGGGUAUUCAGGGAAUGCUGGGUAUGCAGGGAAUGCUGGGGAUGCAAGGAAUGCAAGGUAUGCAAGGCAUGCAGGGAAACGUAUCAAGGCAAUCGCCGGGAAUACACUCUAAUCAAUACAGUCUAUACCCGAACAUGGAAGGCGGCGGUAUUACAAGGAGGCCUUGUGAUUGUGACAACCCUUGCAGCAGCGAUGAAUCCACCAGUUGCGAGCAGCCAGAGCGAAGCAGCGAAAGCGUUUGUUGCAUUCCUAGCAAAGCAAAGUCGAAGCACUCCAUGGAGUGUUGUGCAAGACCAUCGCCACGUUACCCCUCCGAUGCUUGCGCCGACAAUUGCUGUUCCAUGCCAUCAAGACCUUGUCCGGAGAUUGACGAAAUUCCACCACCGUGCUAUGACACGGGCGGCAGCUUCGAUAUGCCCGAUUGUAUGGGAAAUUCUCCGCAGUGCCGCGUUGGACGUUGCCAAAGCGGUCCAGCAGCAAGCAGGUUCAACUUCUUGGACAUCAAUCCCUGCCGCAAAAAGUGCUGCGGCAUGCCACCGCCCAAUUGCCCAUUGACACCAUGCGGCAGUGUCAUGCCCUGUUGUACGCCCUUGCCACCGCCACCUUGCUGUCCAUCUUCAUGCUUAGCCCCGCCUACCUGCUGCCCAGCUCCAUGCUUAGCCCCGCCUAUCUGCUGCCCAGCUCCUUGUCCCAGUCCACCUAACUGCUGUCCAGCUCCACCUAGCUGCUGCCCAGCUCCGCCGGGCUGCUGUCCCAUGCCCUGCGGUCCACUGCCGUGCCCACAAUCUGCCUGCUGUUCGCCGACGCCCGAGUGCUGCGCUUGCUCUGGCAACGGACUCGAUAUUGAGUGCUUCCUGCAGAAGAUGCGACAACAGCAGCAACAGCAGAACUAUGCCUCGAUAGCAAAUUGCUGUCCCGAUGAUAGAAUCCAAGCACACACUGUUUACACUGCGGAUUAUCGACCAUUCUGUGGACCUGGCAACUGCUUCAAUCACUUUCCCAAUUCCUGCGGCUGCUGUCCUCCACCUUGCAGACCGCCAGCAGGAGGUUUCAAUAUUCAACCGCAGGCAGGCUGUUGUCCCUGUGAGAUGCCAAUAAGUGGUUGCUGUCAACCAACGUACACGAUGCCAUGUCCAUGCCCAGCGCCUUAUCCAGCCACUUGCUGUCAUCCCUGCCUUGCUCCCUGCUCCGUGCCCUAUCUCUCCGACUGUCCACCGCCUUGUGCACCGCCCUGCUCGGCGCCAUGUCCUGGCAGCCAAUCGGACGCCUGCGUCUCCAGCUGUCCCAUGCCUUGCGAGAUGCCAGCUUCAGAUUCCUGCUGUGGACGCACAUCACAGGCAACCAGCUGCAAUCUAACCCAGUGUGGCUCUGUAUCAUAGCUUUAAAUCCCUAAAAACAUAAGUCGCAUAGAAAAAACAAA